GUUCAGGCCGGCUGGCGUCCGACCUGUAGUGUGGGUUCCCAGCGUUGCGUACUUUAGUUUGUUUUCGGGACUGUUCUUUGAUAACCGCCACAGCGGCCUUGAAACUCCCCGAGAGUUCUUCCUUAACAGCAGUCCCUCUUUUCUCACUUCAAGACUGAAGCUCGAGGAACUCACCAUUUGGCUGAAAUAGACACAAGAUUUCCCAAACUUUCGUCGGAGGAAAAAGAAAAACCUAACGGCGGAGGAGAGAAUUUCUAGCGUAUGGCCCGCCGUUUAUUUGAAGUUUCUUAUUUUGCCUUAAAAACGAGGAAAUUUGCAUUUUGUUCCUGUGGCAUAUUUUUGUUUGUUUUCUUGAAAACAUUUAAAGCCCCCCUUCCAAUUAGUACACCCUUUCAGGUGAACCAGUUCUUUUCCUGUGGCUUCAGUGCCUUUACACCCCUUACGCGUCCCUCGAGUGUUACUUUGUACAGAACUGGUUUGAGUUAUGGAAGAACCAAAUUCUGACCGCUUUAACUUAGUACUUAAGCACUAGAACACUGUAUUAGCGAGCUGGUCAAGUCAAUUUAGGUUACUAGUUUUAAGCUUUACCUAAGGCUUUGACGGCUUAGCAGGAGACUGAGGUUCUAGUCUUACUGAAUUGUUUUCACGAUAGACUUCCUCUUGUCUGACCUAAUGAUGUCUGCCUGAAUAAGCAGAGUGUGAAAUGUUGGAUAUGCCCAUCUAGGCCACAGGACCUUCUUUUUAUCCUGAGAGCUGUGAAACUCUGGAAAUGUGAUUCAUCUAGAAGAGGCUUCAUCUAGAAGAGGGUUUGGUUACUUAAAGAAGAUUAUUUGAAGACUCCUUUUGGAAUCAGAUAGCAUGGAUCCUAGCAGUGACUACCAUUUCCUCAACCAGAUUUUGUGGAGAAGAGUGAAACUCACAUUGGUUUGUGGCAUCUUUGAGGGAGUGCUCCAGCAUGUGGACCCUAACAAGAUUGUUGUCCUGAAGAAAGUGAAGAAUGUGGAGACUGAUCGAAGUGUCCCAGGAGUGAAGAUGUUUUUUGGACACGAGAUUGUGAAUGUGGAACUACUGGAUGAAGAAGAACAAGGUGCAGUAAGAGAAAAGGCAUCUUCUGUUAGUCUAAAUACAGAAAGAAACAGGAUGGAUACAAUAAAAGAUGAAGACCUAAAUGUAUAUAAGCCUGCUUCUCCUGCCCCUGAGGCACCAACCACCUCUCUGCUAAAUGACCUCAAGUACAGCCCAUCAGAGGAAGAGGAGGUGACAUACACAGUCGUUGAUCAGUUCCAGCAGAAGUUUGGUGCUGCAAUGCUGCACAUCAAGAAGCAAAGUGUCCUGAGUGUGGCAGCAGAAGGAGCUAAUGUGUGUCGUCAUGGGAAACUAUGUUGGCUUCAGGUGGCCACAAAUAGCCGAGUUUACUUAUUUGACAUUUUCCUUCUGGGAAGUCGUGCUUUCAGCAAUGGACUUCGGAUGGUAUUAGAAGACAAGAGAAUUUUGAAGGUUAUCCAUGAUUGUCGUUGGCUUUCUGAUUGCCUCUUUCAUCAGUAUGGAAUUUUGCUGAAUAAUGUCUUUGACACCCAGGUAGCAGAUGUCCUUCAAUUUUCCAUGGAAACAGGCGGUUUUCUUCCAAACUGCAUUAGUACUUUACAGGAGAGUUUAAUCAAACACCUUAAAAUAGCCCCUAAACAUCUCUCCUUUCUGGAAGAGAGACAAAAACGGAUUCGGGAAAACCCAGAACUAUGGUUCACACGACCUCUUUCACCCUCUUUGCUAAAAAUUUUGGCCCUGGAAGCUACCUACCUGCUCCCCCUUCGCUUGGUACUCCUAGAUGAAAUGAUGUCUGAUCUAACUACCCUGGUGGACGGGUACCUAAACAUCUACCGAGAAGGGUCUGCAGACUGGCUGGGAGGCAUGGAGCGUACAUGUAUGGAGCUCCCAGAGGAACUGCUUCAGCUCAAGGACUUCCAGAGACAGCGCAGAGAGAGAGCUGCAAAAGAAUAUAGAGUAAAUGCACAGGGACUCCUAAUAAGGACAGUGCUACAUCCAAAGAAAUCUAUGACAGAGACAGCAGGGAAAGAGGGAAAAGUAAGAGGUUUCUUACUCUGUAAAAAUUCUAGGCUAGAUAAACCUCCAAAUUUUACAUCUCACAAGGAUGUAAGUUUGCUAAAAGAAGAAUCUAAGAGUAAGCAAACCACAGCGGAACCUCAACAUCUACCUCCCAUAAAGGAAGAAGUCAGUGAAGAUUCCAGUAACAAACAAAUUUGCCCUGAGUCAGAGGGGUUAAAGGACCAGAGAAUAACUCAAAAAGCAUACCUCAAGAUACCUAAACAAGAGUUUCAGACAAAUUUAUCUUUGAAAGAGGAGAUAGAACAGUUACUGAUGGUGGAAAACAAGGAAGAUCUAAAAUGUACAAAACAAGAUGUUUUAGUGUCUCCUUCCCUUCCUCAGGAAACCGGAGUGUCUCCAAGUGACAUUUUUCAUCCUUUUAGAAAAGCUGUGCUUCCCACACUUCCUCCCUGCCCAGCUUUGGAGAAGACUGAUUCCUGGAUAAAUCCAGAUUCUCCCAAUCUGCCUUAGAGAUCUGCAGUUUGUUCUUGAGGCCAAUAAAGGUGGCUUAUUUCCUCUGCCAUCAAGGCCUUCCUCAGUGCUUAAGUUUCUUGUGUUGUAAAUUAGUCACAGGCUUUGGGGGAAAUUAUAUCCUUUUGCUUACUCCUAUAUUCUUGGAAUUUGAUUAGGAUGGGAAUGAAUAAGUUAAAUAAUGGAAGAAGUAAAUGUUCUGAUUAUGUCACUGUGUAGAAAUGUUCCCUGUGGCCAGACUGAAUUAUUUCUCAUAAUUCGGGUUUAAAGGAUUUGAAGAAGGGAAAAAUUUUGGAUUUAGUGUCUGGAAGAAUCUAUACUUUAAAUUUUUUGUUGUUUUUUCUGGUUUGAAGGGUGUUGGUAAAACUCUUAGCCAUAAGUUUAAAAAUAUUAGUACCUGACAAAUUUACCUGUACUUUUUCCCUUUUUAGAAUAUUAACUUUGUCAA